AUGAAAGCUGAAGUUGUAAAAGGAAUCGUAAUAGUUGGGUUAUGUAUUCUGACAUUGUUUUGUGGUCUUCUACCCGUCAAAUUAGCCAAUUCUCUAAAACGUAGAAACAACAGUUUAUCCCAAUCGACAGCCAAAAAACGCAGAUACAAGUUUAUUUUCAGUUGCCUCAGCUGUUUUUCAGCCGGUGUCUUCUUGGCCACAUGCCUCCUUGAUUUGUUCCCUGAUGUGCAAGAGAAACUCUCUGAUGUCUUGAUUGUCAUGAAUAUCCAGACAAGCUUUCCUGUGCCUGAGUAUUUAUAUAUUUGCAUAUAUGUAUAUUUUCCAUAUAUUAUCUAUAUCUAUCUAUCUAUCUAUAUCUAUCUUCUAUCUAAUCUAUCUAUCUAUCUAUCUAUAUCUAUCUAUCUAUCUAUCUAUAUCUAUCUAUCUAUAUCUAUCUAUCUAUCUAUCUAUCUAUAUCUAUCUAUCUAUAUCUAUCUAUCUAUCUAUCUAUCUAUAUCUAUCUAUCUAUCUAUCUCUAUCUAUCUAUCUAUCUCUCUAUCUAUCUAUCUAUCUCUAUCUAUCUAUCUCUAUCUAUAUCUAUCUAUAUCUAUCUAUCUAUCUAUAUCUAUCUAUCUAUCUAUCUAUCUAUAUCUAUCUAUCUAUAUCUAUAUCUAUCUAUAUCUAUCUAUCUAUAUCUAUCUAUCUAUCUAUCUAUAUCUAUCUAUCUAUCUAUCUAUCUAUACACACGAAUGGCAAUUUCUGUCUGUCUGA